AUGUCGGUCUAUGCAGCACCCAAUAUUUCCCAUUUUGCCCUGAAACAAGGAGUGGAAUCCCUACUGCAAGCUGUACGAGGUUACCGAAAGGUUCUUGUGGGAGGUGACUUCAAUGCGCACCAUUCCGCAUGGGACCCUCGGCACCAAGAUAACAAAGGAGCAGCUCUAUUCGACCUUAUAAACGACGAAGCCUACAUUCUUUUGAACGAGGGACAGAUGACGUUCGUACCGGUUGAACUCAACAAGUCGCCUUCUGCAAUCGACCUUGUUCUGGUAUCUCCAGGGCUGUUUGACGAUGCUAGAAUGAAGGUUCUAAAUUAUGGAAUAGGUAGUCGACAUCUUGCUAUUGAAACCGUUGUACAGCUGGCCCAGCGACGACCGAACGGAUAUUUCAUCAAUAAAACCAAGAUUGCAGAGGAAUUCAGCAAAAUCAGUGUGUAUGAAGUUGUUAGCUAUUCCGAUCUACAGGGGCAAUCGAAAAUCAUCAGCAAAAAAGCCAAACAGCCGGACAAACACGUGCCUAAAUUUUGGUGGAGCGACGAGGUGGAACUAGCAUGGAACGAGAAGAAUGAAGCAAGAACUCGAUUCAACCGCAGUGGAGAUUUGGAAUCACUACUGGAUCUGAGGAAAAAGGAAACGAUUUUCAAAAGGAAAAAACAGGAAUCUUCACGAAAACGGUUUGAGGAAUUCGUUGCCAGCUUCGAUCCUCGGACUCCAGCAAAGACCAUCUGGAAUCAAUUAGGCAAACUCACCGGAAAGAAGAAGAAAAGGGAGAAUGUACUAGUACACGAUGAUUUGCAAAUGGCGCAGCAGUUUUUGAACAAAUACUUCCCGUUUGAAACUAACAUUGCUCCCAUACCUUCUUAUCUUCCUAACUAUGACAUUUUAACAAGCAGCUUUUGGAUCCGAUUUUUGUCGAAAAAGUCUUCUCAUUCAGCCCCAGGUCCAGACGGGAUCGCAUAUAGUUCCUUGAAACUAUUAAACGCUGAAGUGAGAGACUCCAUUAUCAUGGACAUGAACCAUAUCUGGAGAUCAGGCGUUGUCCCGGAAAAUCUCAAAUCCAUCAAGGUUGUCGCAAUUCCCAAACCGGGGAAGGACCCCGAAUCAAUAGAAGGAGUUAGGCCUCUGUCUAUGCUAAACUGUGGGAUGAAGAUUUUGAAUGCCGCCGUGUUAGAAAAACUGCAACAACACAUCGAAAUAAGAAACAUUCUUCCGAGGUUAUCUUUUGGGUUCAGGAAGGGAAUGUCAACAGUUGGCUGCUUGGAAUACGUCACGAACAAAUUAUUCCUAGCUAAACGGGAGAAGAACCUUGCAGCGAUAAUCUUCAUCGAUCUCUCCAAUGCGUUCAACGCAAUCAAACUGGAUAAGUUAGAGCAAUGCAUGUUAUCGUUUGGACUUCCACCAGAAUUUCCUAGUUGGGUGCUAGCUUUUCUGGCAGACAGGAAAAUACAGUUGCAGGUCGGAGCUGAUACGCUAACACGACAUGUUAGCCAAGGCCUUCCACAAGGAGACAUACUGUCACCGACGCUCUUUAAUAUUUAUACUGCCAAUCUCCAUAGUAUCCGGGUAGAAGGUGUCGAACUCGUUCAGUAUGCGGACGACUUUGCCGUGAUGAUUGAGGGACGAGACCUAGAAGAAAUCAACGAACGAGGUAACCAGUUCAUGGAACGUUUUGUGGAGGCAGCAGAUGAGCUGAAUUUCACCAUCAACGCGCAGAAGACUAAGGCUAUAUUGUUCUUGAACUCUCCGAAGGUUCUGAAUAUCCAUAUUGGCACGGAUGUGAUAGAAACAGUCAACUUCCAUAAAUACUUGGGUCUAUUGAUAGAUAGAUCGCUAAGGUUCGGCGCCCACUUAAGGGACCUCUCCAAGCAGGCGGCCGAUCGCCUAAAUAUGCUCAAGGUCAUUAGCGGUACCAAGUAUGGCAGUCACCCAGCGACACUUGGUAUGGCCUACAAUGCUUUCUUUCGGGGCUUCAUCGAAUAUGGUUCUAGUAUAUACAGCUCUGCGUGCAAAACUAAUUUGGAGCGAAUUGAUGUUAUCAAUAACGCCUGCCUACGAAGAAUCACAGGUUGCACCAAAACAACACCUAGAAACACUUUACAGGCCAUAGCUGCACAGCCUCCGCUUCAAUUCAGGCGGCUGAAGGUAGUUGGGAAGCAGGUGGUCAAGCACUAUUACCGGAAAACUCCUGUAUGGGAGCAGAUCAACAACUGCGACGUGUUGGACGAAUCGAAGAGGUACACCUACAUCGAGCAAAUAGCAGCACAACAUGCAGAAAUAUUCCAGGACAUGACAUGUGCAGUUUCAGCGACUCCGUUAUCAGGAUCAGUGGACAUCUCAACAACACUGAAUGAGGAACUGUGGCCCAAAAAACAGACCAACAUCAGGGUGCUGAGGCAGCUUACACUGUCUCUGAUCCACGGAAAAUAUCGAAAUCGUCCUAUUAUUUAUACAGAUGCGUCAAGCAAUGGUAUGGAAUGCGGAAUUGGGGUUUUCCAUGAGCCAAGCAACACCAGACUCAGCUUGAAACUGUCUAACUUCGUCUGUAUCAUGUCGGCGGAGAUCCAAGCAAUCUUCAUAGCGCUACAGUACAUCAAUCGUAAUGGUAUAUCCAACGGAGUCAUAAUGACGGAUUCCAGGGUUGGCUGCGAGUUCAUUCUGGAUCAAAUGGACAAAAAAGUGCGAGAUUACCUGAUCAACCAAAUCUUGGUCCUGGCGGCCGCAACGAUGACGUCUAUCCAAUGGAUACCAGGACACACGGGAGUGCGAGGUAAUGAAAUGGCGGAUCAACUGGCCAAACAGGCCCUGGAAAGAGACAUCAUCUGCAUCAACAAAAUACUGCUUCAUGACGCGGUUUGGUACUUCCAACGUCGCAGCGAGGAGGGUGCUCAGCAAUGGUAUCUGGACUACUCAUCAGAGCUUGGAAAGGGCCGCAAGUACUUUCAGAUACAGAACACUAUCCCUCAUAGACCCUGGCACUUUAAGUUAGAUCUAAAUAACAAGGAAGUACGCACUCUCAAUAGGCUACUCUCUGGUCACGAUUUUUCACGCUACUGGUUAUUUAAAAUGAAACUGGCAGACGAUUGUAUUUGCGAAAGCUGCGAUGUAACUGAAGACGCCGAACACAUAAUCUUCUACUGCGUAAAAUAUGCUGCGACAAGGAACAAAUAUGGACUGGACAACUUUUGCAACAUUUACAAUGUUUGGGACCGGAAAAACAUCGACCUUCUCCGUGAUGUAGUCAGCUUUUUAAAAGAAAUCAACAGCAAAAUCUAG